CCCGCUGCCACGCGGCACCGCCUCUCUGCGCGGCGCGCGGCCACGUGGAGGCGGCGGGGGCGGCGGGAACGGGACCCGGGCUGCGGCUGCUGUGGCUGCUGCUGCUCCUGCUGCUGCUGCUGCUGCUGCUGCUGCGCCCGCCAUGAGCGUGGGGUUUAUCGGCGCCGGGCAGCUCGCCUUCGCCCUGGCCAGGGGCUUCACGGCGGCAGGGAUCCUGGCCGCGCACAAGAUCACGGCGAGCUCCCCGGACACCGACCUGCCCACCGUGAGCGGGCUGCGGAAAAUGGGCGUGAACUUCACGGUGAGCAACAAGGACACGGUGAAGAGCAGCGACGUCCUGUUCCUGGCCGUGAAGCCGCCCAUCAUCCCCUUCAUCCUGGAGGAAGUGGGCCCCGACAUCGAGCCCCGCCACAUUGUGGUCUCCUGCGCGGCCGGUGUCACCAUUAGCUCCAUCGAGAAGAGCUGGGUCAUCUCCCCCGGGUUUCUGCAGACGUGGUGCUCAGUGUCUGCAGGAGCUGCUUUUGGGACUUUGAUCAGGUGUAUGACCAACACCCCUGUGAUUGUCCGGGAAGGCGCUACAGUCUAUGCCACUGGGACUCAUGCGGAUGUGGAGGACGGGAAGCUCUUGGAGCAACUGAUGGCCAGUGUCGGCUUCUGCACCGAGGUGGAAGAGGACCUGAUAGACGCCGUAACAGGGCUCAGUGGCAGUGGCCCAGCGUAUGCGUUCACUGCCCUGGAUGCUCUGGCGGAUGGGGGAGUGAAGAUGGGGCUUCCUCGCAGGCUGGCAGUGCGGCUGGGAGCACAGGCUUUGCUGGGUGCUGCCAAAAUGCUGCUGGAAUCUGAGCAGCAUCCUGGUCAGCUGAAGGACAACGUCUGCUCGCCCGGAGGAGCCACCAUCCAUGCCCUGCACUUCCUGGAGAGCGGGGGCUUUCGCUCGCUCCUGAUCAACGCUGUUGAGGCUUCGUGCAUCCGGACAAGGGAGCUGCAGCAUGUGGCAGACCAGGAGACGAUCUCCCCGGCAGCCAUAAAGAAGACUUUGCUGGAUAAGGUGAAACUGGAGUCUCCUUCGCUGUCCGUGGCAUCUACCAGCAAAGUCAGUCUGUUCACCAAUAAGAGCCCCGGCGGCAAGAAGAACUGACCGGGCUGCAUAGUCUGGCUGUGCUGGCCAUCGGUCUCCUCCGUGCCCUGUAGUUUUUGUAGAAGGAAAAGUGCUCGCUCUGAACGCUGGUGUCCCCAUCCCUGGCUCCGGGCUCGUGGCAGCUGUGGGGCAGCGCAACGCUGUAGAAGAGGGUCUCACCCUGUAGUGGGGUUGGUGCAAACUGCCCCUGGCUUUGCUGUUCCCUGUUGGGCAGGGGUGAUACCAGCAUCAGGGCUUCAUCGGGGCAUUGCUUGUCCAGAAGCCUUUGAUACUUUUAGGACAGGCAGUGUUUGUGGUGUCCCAUGCAAAAAUGGUUUCUAAUAGGGAUUUUUAAGACCUUUCAGAAUGCCUUUUUAUCUCAAAAGGUUUGAACCAGGCCUGGAUCGCCCUUGCCCCAUGCUGCGUGUGCUGUAGGAGCUCGUGUCUUGUCGCUGUCUGCUUUAGCUAGGGCAGAUGCUGCAGAGAUGGUGUGCGCCCCGUUAGAGGCUGGGCCCUCAAGCACCUCUCAGAAGGGACCAAAGUGCCUCAGUCCCGUCCCCUGUCUGCGUCGUCUCUGGGAGGCAGACGGUGCGAAUGCCUGGACCACGCUGUUUCACUCUUUUCUGGCCAGCCCUUCUCCCUGCCCCCUCUGGUUUGGGGAACCGGGAGCUGCUCUCCCUGUCCCUCCUUCGCCGUUCGCCAGGCUUGUCUGGUUGGGCAGGCGGAGUAGUGGGUGCUCCCCCUUCCAUGUCUAUAGGCACGACUGCUCUUCCUCUUUAAAUAAUAAACCGCUUCUGUGACAGA